AUGAUAAAAGCGGAAAGGAGGCUGCUGGCAACGUUAGGAUUUGUCGUUCACGUGAAGCAUCCGCAUAAGUUGAUAUGUGCAUAUUGUUAUGUUUUACGUGCGCAUCAUCGUACUGACCUUAUCCAGAGAGCAUGGACGUAUAUGAACGAUGGAUUGAGAACGGACAUGUUUGUGCGGUAUUCACCAGAGACUAUUGCGUGCGCUUGUAUUUUUCUAGCUUCUCGAACAGUUCAGCCACAAGUACCGCUCCCUGACAAACCUAGGAAUUGGUAUGAGCUUUUUGAUGCGUCAGAUACUGAUGUACACACGAUAGCUAUGAUGCUCUUGAAUAUGUAUGCCAACCAAAAGGCUGUCAGCUGGAGAGAAAUGGACGAAAAAAUCGAGAAAUUGCGGUCAAAGAUUGAGGCUGAACAGAAGGCUGCGAAAGCACAACUUGUCGCUCAGAAGCUCGCCGUCGAAAAGAAGAAAGCUGAUGAAGACUCCGAUCGAGAAGAUGUGAAGAAACGUCGAGGUAAAAGCCGUAGCCGAUCACGUACAAAGUCUCGAUCUAGGAGUCCAAGACGGACCAAGUACUCGCCUAUUAGACGAAGGCGUGAUUCACCUGAGAAAAAUGGAAGGAAUAAAGGUCGAGGGGGAAAAGGUGGCCGGGAGGAUAGACGUGACAGAGAAAGACGAGAUGAAAGACGGGAAGACAAGCGGAGGCGAAGUAGGAGCCGAAGUAAAAGCCGAGAUCGAUAUUCAGAUCGCGACCGGGUAAAGGAACGAAGCAAGAUCCGAGAACGAGAGGUCUAUCAGUCUCUUGGUAAACGACCUCGUCCGCGCUCACCCUCACCUCCAGCACGAUUCCGAAAAUUGAUUUCGAAAGUUGUUUCAAUUGUGUUUGCUGCUGCAGGUACGAUGCCAGAACACAAUGAACCUUUGGAGGAGGGUGUUGAUCAGUUAACACAAUGGCGGGAGCGGUGCGCUGAUCAUGCUGCGGACUUCAAAGCUGUGCUUGAGGAAUGUAAUGACCGUGUGAACAGUCGUAGUAACACGGAGGAGUCUUGCCACCAGGAAAUGUCUGACUUCGUUCACCAUCUGGACGAUUGUGCCAUGCCGAAGGCUUUCGCAGCGCUCAAGUGA